AACUUUUUUCAAUCUAGCCUAGCCUACACAGGGGAAAUAGGAAGAGCAAGUAAGGUUAGUUACGUGAGUUCGCGAGGUCAGGGAAGGACAGUUUUUGUGUACUGGCUACCCUGAAUGAAGUGGUUCAUCUUCAAGCCAAACUUACUUCUUUCUGUAAGUAGCGACUGCUAGGCGGCGUUAUAUUUCUAAUAAAAAAUAUAGCGAGCGAUCAGGCCGCACGGACCAGAGUGAAUAUUCAUAAGUGAAUAUUCACAGUCAUGCACUAUUAGAGUCUCGCUGAGUGUCCAACCUGUACGUCGCGCAGUUUCUGGACCCACGUCGGCACAGUCACAGGGAUAUCGACGUGGUGCUGCGACUGUAAACAACGAUGAUGCUGGGUUUGGGAAGGCAAUUAGUUAUCCGAUCAUCAGCCGUAGCAACGCGUCGUUUUAAGUUGACACGCUUGGUCUCCAGCUCGUCAACUGCAUCCGGCCCAGUCGACAACCAGCACCAUGCUGGCGAUAUCAUAGCAAACAAUCCAGAGCCACAGGAGGUGCAGAAGAAUCAACCGGAUCAGCCGUUCACAGAACUGGUGCGGCACUUCGUCAAUCCACAGGAUUUCUAUGGCGUGCUUGCCAGGAAUGGGUUUGAUUUCUUCUGCGGAGUGCCCGACUCACUGCUGAAGGACUUCUGCAGCUACGUCGAGGAGAACGUACCGGCCGACCGUCAUGUGAUCACCGCCAAUGAAGGGAACGCCAUUGCCCUGGCUUCUGGGUACCACCUGGCGACCGGCAAGGCUGCCGUUGUCUACUUACAGAACUCCGGCCUCGGGAACUGUGUUAAUCCACUCAUGUCGUUAGCCACACCAUCCGUCUACAGCAUACCAAUGCUGCUCUUAGUUGGCUGGAGAGGCGAGCCGGGAAAGCUGGACGAGCCACAGCAUCAGGUCCAGGGUAGCUGCACUCCCCUGUUAUUGGAUUCACUCGGAAUACCCUACCAAACAUUGCCAGACUACAUUGAAGGUGCCGAGAAGGCAGUGCUGGCAGCGAGAGACUACGUUAACACCGUCGGAGGUCCAUGGGUGCUACUUGUACGUCGCCAGUGCUUCUACAAAUUCAAGUCAAAAUACGUCCAGAACACCCACCCAUUGACACGUGAAGAGGUGUGUGAGAACAUCGUUGCGUCGCUCAGUCCAUCGGAUGUGGUUGUGAGCACCACCGGUAUGCUGUCUAGAGAGCUGUUUGAGUACAGAGCGCGUAACAAGCAAGGCCACCAUCGCGACUUCCUGACUGUGGGUAGCAUGGGCCAUGCGUCCUCCAUAGCAAUGGGAAUUGCCAUGGGAAAGCCCAACCGCCAGAUCUAUUGCCUGGAUGGAGAUGGUGCAUGUUUGAUGCACAUGGGAACCAUGGGUGUCGCGGGCACAACUGGCUUGGAGAACUUUCGACACAUUCUCGUCAACAACGGCGCUCACGACUCUGUUGGUGGGCAACCAACUGCCGGAACCAACUGGGAUAGGCUCAGCUUUGGACAGAUUGCAAGGGGAUGUGGCUACAAGACGAUCUUAGACCCAGUGUCAAGUGCCGAGGAGAUUAAAGCCGCCGUUCACAAAUUAAGGAGUGUGCCAGCGCCAGCGUUCCUCGAGAUUCGCUGCAAGAAGGGAAAUCGCAUUGACCUGGGCCGACCAACUCGCACCCCGCAGGAGAAUAAGCUAGACUUCAUGCACUUCCUGAGGAGUGAGUGAAUGCAACAGCUGUGCACUAUGAAACACACCAUCGCACCAUGAGACACGCCAUCGCAACAGCAGCACCAGCAGCAACAGCAACAACAGCAGCACGACGUAUGCUGACCAUCACACCAGCUACAUGUACACUGCUUUAGUUAUCUGCAUUGCCGGUUUUGUCUUUCAUCACAGACAAGAGUCAUCUGUGGUAGAGCAUGGCCGCUAUUUAUACAUCUCAUCAGGUUAUUCCGACAGCAUUGAUUAUUUCAUUUCUAAGUUAGCCGGUGCUUCCCAUUCACUGGCUACCUGGUUAAAUUAUCUGUGAGUUUUAUGUGAAUUUUACGAGCGUCACCCGCGUUAUUUGACUGUCUUCAUUAGGAAUAUUCUUCAAUUUAUUGGUAUUGGUAUUUUUUAUUUUAUUUUAUUUUUUAAGGUAUUACAACAAUCUGUGAUACCCACCGAAAGGCGUCUGAUGUCCAA